CCAAACCCUCCUCCUCGGACGCUCCUGCAUACUCCACACAAACGCAUACCAGUCCAUGAAAGUCCACAUCAAACACUGGAGCGCCGUCGCUCAAUGGCGCUGGAACACAGGAAACACAAACCACGAUCAAGACGACGAAGGCGACGUCUGUGGGAUCUGUCGCGUCCCGUAUGAGGGGUGCUGUCCGUCGUGUAAGACGCCGGGAGAUGAUUGUCCUUUAAUCUGGGGCGAAUGCAGUCACGUAUUCCACAUGCACUGCUUGCUCAAAUGGUUAGGAACGGCUGCUUCGAAACAGCAAUGUCCUAUGGAUCGACGUGCUUGGGUCACUGCUGAGCGAAAAGCGAAUGAGUUGCCUGCGAGUUAGAUGCUGGCGGGUCCGUUCUUAAGUUAGCAGCGGGUCCGCCCUUGAGUUAGCAACGGAUCAACCUCAAGUUAACGGCUCAGCAUUGAUUGUGCGAUCAUGAUUGCAAUCAUGAACGCUCUUAUUGGAUCCUGAUAGUGAUAUCGGUCCCGACCCCACAUUCUACCCCUGUAUCGACAUACGGACGCAUUGUAUACAUUUUCAUUUACUGCCUCUAUGCAC